UCUAUAUCUAUAUCUUUAUAUCUGUAUCUACAAACACACCUUGCUCUCUCCUCUCUCGGUACCAGUGGUUUUCAGCACUGUUUCAUUUGUGGACCCCUUUGGACAUGUGGAAUGGAGGUGCGGACCACUUUGAAUUGUGUUCUUGAAAAAAGUGCAUGUGCUUCGGAGGUGGAGAAGGACAUGAGGAGUCAACGGACCUGGGAUCCCACUGAUCAGAAUGAAACAGAUGUUGAAAGAUUUUUCAAAUCUAUUGUUAGUUAUGCUCUGGGAUUAUGUCCUCCAUGAAGUGGAGUGUCUUCUCUUGGAGCGACCAGGUCACAUAGCCUUAAGCAACGACACAGUGUCCGUUAAAUUUCAGUACCACAACAAUGGUAAUAUGACAGCAAAGAAUGUAUUCAUCCUAUUGUUGGAUGCCACUGACCAGACCAUUGCGAAAAAACAGCUUCCAGCUCACCAGUCACAGGGGAUGGUAGCAUUUGAGUGUUUUCAUUUCAAGAGUGCUGGGAAUUAUCGAGUCAAAAUGACCUCUGAGACUGAUAAUGGAUCUGAUGUACGGUGGAGUGGAGGAACUGCACUCCUAAGUGUAGAGUGGCCUGUAUUUCACAUAGACUUGAACAGGACAUCCAAUGGGCCUGGGAGCUCCUUGCAGGUUGGACUCUUCACUAAUGAACAGCUGUGUGCUAUGAAUGAGACAGCGUUUUUACUACAGGUGAUAUUCUCCAGCAACCUCUAUGAACUGGGAAGAUUGAGUACUGAGGCGGCACUGGGGAUGAGAACUAGCAAAAUAAUCUUUCUUGCGAGGUCCCAGUGGGUGGAGUUUGAUUGCCUACUUACUGGCCAAGAAGCAUAUGUCACUGUGUUACUGAAAUCAGUAGAGACUGGUUUGGUUAUCACCUCAACUGGACCUAUAGACCUUGCCCACAAAUUUGGAUAUCAACUGGUCAUGGCACCAGAAGUGCUGUGCAAGUCUUCAGUUCAGGUGUUUGUAGUCUCCCCUCCGUGCACUUCUAUCAGCGGGAAGAUGGCUGUCUAUAAGGAUGCUCUCAGGCAUCCUGGAGAGAGACCAACCUGGCUGGAAGAAAACAUUCUGAAUCCAGGGAACAACAGAACCGAAUUUAACUGUACUUUGUUUGACAUGGGAAAAAACAAAUACUGUUUUGACUUUUUUAACCUUUCAAGCCGAAGCCACUUCUUUCCAAGAGUCACAGAAUGUAUGGUGAUCCAGAGGAACAUGGAAACAUGGAGCAUGUGGCAGCCCUGGAGUCCGUGCAGCGUGACCUGUGGGGAUGGCAUGCGGGAGCGACACAGAGAAUGUCUCUCAUCACUGCCAGCAGAACCAGGCUGUGCUGGCUCACCAAAAGAGGCUUCACUGUGUUCUCUAGAGGAAUGCUCUUCUAUAAAGCCUCCAACACCACCAUCCACCCAGAUGGGAGAGGACCAGAAAGCUAAUAAUAUAGUCACCAUUACGGGCAUCUCCUUGUGCUUGUUUAUAAUCUUUGCCACCGUGCUGAUCACACUGUGGAGGAAGCUGUGCAGGGCUCAGAAGUGCAGUGCCUCCAUGCAGCGUAAUCCCAUCCACUCGCCCAGCUUCCGGAAGAACUCCGAUGAGGAGAACAUCUGCCAAGGGAGCAAGCAGCGGGAAAGCUUUUCUGAGGGAGGCGAGGCACCUGUGAACAUCCCUCUGACCUACAGGAGGAGCCUGCAGUUUGCUCAAGACGAUGACACCUCUGGCAGUGAGAAUAUUCAGGCGAAUGCUCAGAAAAUAAUCCCUCCCAUUUUCAGCUACCGCCUUGCACAGCAGCAGCUGAAGGAGAUGAAAAAGAAAGGCCUGACUGAAACCACAAAGGUGUAUCAUGUAUCUCAGGCUCCUCUGACUGACACAGUUGUUGAUGCCACUGCAGUGCUACCCUUGGGCCCAGAAAACCAAGAGGAGGCUGCUGCAAACAAAUUUAGGAUCAAAUCUCCAUUCCUGGACAAGCGGGUCACUCAGCCCAGAUUUCCAGGGGACAGGUCUAAUUCAAGGAUGGAUUUUAUGCUCUCACAAAGCAACCCUGCUAUGAGCCCAACUCAGACCAUGAUAAGGCGAGCUCACCUGAAACUCCAGGACAACAGAGGGGAGCAGCUGGACAGAGGCGGUCACAAGAACAUUCAAUUUAGAAGAACAGCCAGCUUCCAUGAGACUAAAAAGGCCAGGCCCUUCAGGGAAAGGAGCAUGUCCACCCUAACCCCGCGGCAGGCUCCCCUCUACAGUUCCAGGACCAGAACAUGGGAUGAGGGUCUGGGAGACAGGAUCCGGCCUAAAUUUAGAGGUGCCAAUACAACUUCGGAAAGGCUUGAUCUGUCACCUACCACUGUGUUAACGUGUGAACCACAGAGCUAUGGCACAAAGCAUCAGCACAAAGGGGGCCCUCCAAUGAGGAAGCUGGAUCUGAUCAGUGACCGUCAGCUUGUAGGUCAGGAGAAAGGACCAGGCAGACCAGAACUGAACAGAAGAAAGAGAGGCCCGUCACCAAAUCACAGAGGGUCUUGGAAGAAAGAAACUAUUUCAGCUCUCCAAGAUAAGCAGAGAAGCGCUGCAAUUAGCCCUGCUCAGUACAGGAAGGACAAGUGCCAGAGUUUCCCACUGGACCCCAACUUUGCCUUUUACGACAAUUCUACUUUUGGCUUAACUGAAUCAGAGCAGCAGAUGAUAGACCUGCCUGGCUAUUUUGGUUCAAAUGAAGAAGAUGAGACGAGUACAUUAAGUAUUGAGAAACUAGUGGUCUGAAUGACUUGUUGCAACACUGUCAAAGGGUGUGUACGAGAAAAGACCUGCAAAACCUGUUGGUUUAUUAUGAAAGCAAGAAUGGAAACCAGGUUCCUUCUCUUGGAGGCAGAGGGAAGUCCUAAGGGCUGACUUGUGAGAGCAUAUUCUAUCUUAAUUACAGGGAAGUGCUUUCAUGCAUUCCAUGAGCAAACAGAUGGAAAUCAAACCUUGACAUAGAAAUGAUCUGGCAGAUUUCAUCACAUAAAGCAUUGGGGCUCCAUAAAUAAUUUACAUUGAAGCUAAACAGUUUACCUGCUGAUUCUGCUGAUGGACCAACACCAGCAGACCGUGAUUUCCUUAAACAUCCAUUGUUCAAUGUAAAUUAAUAUGUUGUUUCACCAUUUUUUAUCUUGGCUGCCAACAGCUUUUCACACCUCUUUAACAUUCACUGCGGAAUGGCACUGAUUGGUUGCAACUGAUCAAAGAAGUCACAUGAUGCUGUUUCUUUCAUGGACAAGAUGAGAGCACAAACUGUUCUGGAAUGAGCACGGGUUACAUUCAUACAAGUGUUCGGGUUGGGGAGGGGUUGUGAUUCAUCACAUACAGGAUUCUGAAUUUGCUGACAGCACGGGUGCUAAGCAAGUUCAGGAUUGCACAAAUGUUUGUGGAAAAUUAAUUGAAUAGGGACUUAAAUGUGGUCAAAGAAACUUCACUGAGUAACAACUCUGAGUAUCUUCAACAAAUGUUGCAGUAUUCAUGUUCCUGAAAAAAGGGACCUGUUACUUUCCACCUUUUAUCUUAACCAUCUUUGCCUUUGACAUUUUCCUUCUGUUUUCAUUUUUUUGCUUAAAUAUUGACACAAAUAGUACAGUAAGGCAAAAAUAAUGAAUGAGCAAGACCAGCCAAAUGAAACACUUGUUUCAUCAUUAUGUGUUUGCAAACACAAGUGAAAAGUGAGUGAACAUGCCCAGAUCUGUUGAUUCUGGAGAACCUUUCAGUGAGUAGCUUAAUGGAUGUUUUUUUAUUUCUCAGUAAAUGAUAUCGUUUCCAAGUAAGCUAUUAUACCAGUGGGAGUGGCUACUGCUACUCAUAUUCAGAGCUCAUUCAGCAAAAUUAGAAAAAAAUGGAGACACAAAGAGUGGCUGGUGGGCCAGUGUGAUUUGGGAUGCAUACUCAUGCCAUAAGCAUCCCAAAAGCCUCUUCAGAGGCAUAGAGAAAAUGGGUUUUCAUGGGAAAAACAAAGAAAAUAAAAGAAACCUGAGAUGGGAAGUGGAGAAGAGAGAGGCUGAGGAGGGAAGUGAUGGCUUGAAACGCCGCUUCCCACAAAGGGUCAAGCUUCACAGGUUAGGGCUAUGUUCUCCCCUGGUCACUUUUAAGCCCUGGUCCCACAUUUGGAAUUGCUCAAUAUUCAGAAUCAAGGCCCUGCUCCCACAUCCCACAAUGCACAGAGGUACAUGGUGACUUCCCUGUUGCCUAUACUUCAUAAAGUGCAGGAUUAAAGUCAUAGGCUGCCUGUAGAUGUGGUGGUUCAUGUUAUAAUUAGAACUAAUCAGAACAGACUUGAUUAAUUGAGU